AUGGCCACAAGAAUUCAUCGGCCUGAUGGAGCCAAGCAGAGCAAUUUCCCGACGACCUCAAGAGUGCCAAAGCCCCACAAGGACAUGCGCGGUGUGACUGCCAUUCGGAAAUCAGAAGCUGCAUUGCGCGUUGAACGAGACGAACUGCUUGAGAAGACGGCCGCCCAAGGCAAAUCCAUCUCCGAUCUUCAGCAACAGCUGGCAAAGGCGACACAAACUGCACAGGAGGCAACAGAGCAAGUGGUCUCACAGCGAGAGGAGCUGGAGCACAUCAACGCCGAGAACAUCCGCACCCUUCAAGAGCAACACAACCACGAGGAGAUUUUGAGGCGACUGCAAACGCUGCAGGCACUGGUGGAGGCCCAGCACAUCAAUUCCGUGACCGGUCAGCCACUGGCGAAUGCAGAGGCCAUGGCACAGCGGCAGCAAGAAACGCAAGCCAAAGCCUGCGCGGACAUGGAGGCUGUGGCUACAACGGCGCAAACUUGCGAUAGUCAAUUGCAGGCCCUGCUUGCUCACACGCAAGCGCUUGAGCAGCAGUUUGGCAUCGCCCCGCAGCCCACGGCCACCGCAAAUGAUGAUGGCAUGAGUGCAUUUGCAGUCGACCUGAGUGAUCCAGCACAGCUGCGCGAUGCACACAUGUUCUGA